AUGGCCACGCUCUGCUUCUUCCGCUUCUGGCUCGGUUUCGGCAUCGGCGGCGACUACCCGCUGUCCGCGACCAUCAUGUCCGAGUACGCCAACAAGCGGACGCGCGGCGCGUUCAUCGCGGCCGUCUUCGCCAUGCAGGGCUUCGGCAACCUCACCGGUGGCAUCGUCGCCAUCAUCAUCUCGGCGGCGUUCAAGUCUCGCUUCGACGCGCCGGCGUACAAGGACGAUCCCGCCGGCUCCACGGUGCCGCAGGCCGACUACGCGUGGCGCAUCGUCCUCAUGUUCGGCGCCAUCCCGGCUCUGCUCACCUACUACUGGCGCAUGAAGAUGCCCGAGACGGCGCGGUACACCGCGCUGGUGGCCAAGAACGCCAAGCAGGCGGCGUCCGACAUGACGCAGGUGCUCAACGUGGAGAUCGUCGAGGAGCCGGAGCCCGCGGAGGAGCUGGCGCGGCGCGAGCAGUUCGGGCUCUUCUCCCGGCAGUUCGCGAAGCGGCACGGCCUGCACCUGCUGGGCACGACGGCGUGCUGGUUCCUCCUGGACAUCGCCUUCUACUCGCAGAACCUGUUCCAGAAGGACAUCUACACGCCCGUGAACUGGCUGCCCAAGGCGGAUACCAUGAACGCGCUGGAGGAGAUGUUCAAGAUCUCCCGCGCGCAGACGCUCGUCGCGCUGUGCGGCACCAUCCCGGGCUACUGGUUCACCGUCUUCUUCGUCGACAUCAUCGGCCGCUUCAUCAUCCAGCUCGGCGGCUUCUUCUUCAUGACGGUGUUCAUGCUCGGCCUGGCCAUCCCGUACCACCACUGGACCACGCCGGGGCACCACAUCGGCUUCGUCGUCAUGUACGCCUUCACCUUCUUCUUCGCCAACUUCGGGCCCAACUCCACCACCUUCAUCGUGCCGGCGGAGAUCUUCCCUGCGCGGCUGCGGUCCACGUGCCACGGCAUCUCGGCGGCGGCCGGGAAGGCCGGGGCCAUCAUCGGUUCCUUCGGCUUCCUGUACGCCGCUCAGAGCACGGACCCGAACAAGACGGACGCAGGGUACCCGCCGGGCAUCGGAGUCCGCAACUCGCUGUUUGUCCUCUCCGGCUGUAUCGUCGCCGGGUUCUUUUUCACGUUCCUCGUGCCGGAGUCAAAGGGGAAGUCGCUGGAGGAACUCUCCGGUGAGAACGAACACGAGGAGGCUGAAACGUCCGCUGCGGCCGACUACAGGACUGCGCCGGCGCCACCGGCUUGA